AUUUUUUCUAGGUCUUUAAUGUUACAUGAUCUACUAGACCUACCUCGACGUCGCCUCGACCUAAUUUCUUCAUCGUCAAACAAAAAUCGACUUCUUUCGAUUUGUUGGCCAAUGGUCAUUACUGGCUCAAGAUCCAAUGAGUGAACCUUUUUUCAAUGCCAAAUGACUGCUCUCACUCGUCACUUUGAUCAUGACCAACGCCGUUCCUUGUCCUGGGCUCUUGUUAGUUCCUCGUGGGGUCAUCAUUUGAACCCAAUGAGUUCCAACAUGAAUGAGCAGCAAGAUCUCCCAGAUCUUUAACUGCACUAUGGCCCUUCAUGAUAUCCCAAUGACAUUGAACCCAUUUUGAUACCAUUUCAGGGCCUUAAGCAGUCAGUGAUCAUCCGGCACGUCCGUUCUGAUCGUCUUUCUGUUAC